CCGAGGCCGCGCCCUCGCUCGCCGCCGCGCGCGAUCUCGAGCGUCAACAACGCAAAUGUUCGACUGAUCGCGACGUGACCGCCGCCGCGCGCGCCAUGCCGAACGCGUGCGCGCCGUGCUGCGGGUCGAAGCCGAAGGGUGUUGGCGACGACGAGAGCGACGACGCGGGCGCGCCGGCGCCCAACUCGCUUCGCCACGUCUCGGCGACGAAAACGAAACGCACCGCGCCGAAGUCGCUGCGAAAUCUGGUUCAGUACGGCGCGGGGGACGAACGCGACGCGAGCGAUGAUUCGGGCGCGGAGAAGGUUGAGGACGAUCCGCGCGCGCAGUACGAGACGGCGACGACGCCGGCGGGGAAGCCGAAGUUUGAUCCGAACAAAUUUAAAAAACGCGUCGGUGAUCAUCUCGCGGCGAAACGCGCGCUCGAGGCGGAGCGAAGGCCGUUGCUCGAAGAAACGACGGCGCGGGUUGGUGUUGAGCCGGAGGACGAGAAGAGCGAGAGACGGGCGAAGCGAGAAGAGCGUGAACGACGGAAAGAGGCGAAAAGAGCGGCGAAAGAGGAUAAGCAGAAGCAACGCGCGCGAGUCCUCAAGGCGCGGUCGACGCAGAGGCGGUGUUGGUGGAUUCUCAUGAUCGUCGUGCUCGUCGUCAUCGUGUGCGCGGGUAUCAUCUUCGGGGACGACGUGCAUUUUAAUUAUUGGAGAUCGAACGCCGAUCGCGUCGACGCUCGUGAUGAUUCGACGCAGACGCAUGCGAUAGAUUCAAAUCAGAUGGACGAGCGUCCCACGACCACAGAAGAUUCCACAGACGUCUCAAGGGCUGGGCUCUCUCUCGCGGAUGGGCCGAAAUCGCAGGAUAGCUUUGACGACGACGGCGACGACGGUGAUGACAGCGAUGAGCACGCACGCGCGUUGGAUGUCGACGGUGACGAGUACGGCGUUGAUUUCAACGACCCGAGUUUGCGCACCAUGGCGCCGAAGGCAUGGCGAAGACGCGAGCGGGAAAUAGAAAAAAUAAAGCGCCGAGCGCGCUCGUCGGCAAAGGAUGACGUACAGCGAUUCGUUGAAGGUGCGCACCGCGAGCUCGGCGUGCGCGACGAGGAAAAAGAUGCAGAAGAAGAGUACGAGGAUACUCUCAUCGAACGCAUCGAGUCGUCACCGGGGGUGGUGAUCGAAAAGAGGCGAGGCGGCGAAGACGCGUCGCGGUCGGGCGACAAAGCCGCCGAGGUAUUAGCCAAAUCGCAAGCGUCGAUUCUGUCGCACGGAUUGAUACGCGACACCAAGAGUUCAUCGCGCGACUUAGAUAGGCUCUCGUUCGGGGACGAUGUCGCCGCGGGCGGAACUGCGUCUCCGGAUUCUCGCGCCGCCGCCGCGGGCGAGGCGCCAACAGCCCGGGAGGCCUCGAAGACGAAGCGAGCGGCCGACAUCAAAGAUGACGAUUCCGAUCCAGAUUUCGGGCUUAGCGCAGUGUUUCGUCCGCCGAACGAGCCGGUGGUGCAUGAGAGACAACCCGACGACGACGGCGCGUUCUCCGCGGCGCUUCCCAGAAGAGUGCCGCGGCGCGCGCUCGCGGCGUAACAUUCGAUUGUGAUA